AUGGCUUCAAGAGGACUAUAUGAGGAACCUCGUUACCACGAUGACUUUUCAAGUAGACAUAACCCUGGAUUGUCAUCAAAAACUGACAAUACUUUACCACUACCUACUUUUCACGUAAGCAACAUUGCUACUCCAUUGUCAAGAGGAAAUGGUACCCCAAAAUGUUCUAGACCUUCAUACGAAGAAGAAAAUAAUAAUUCAUGUUUACUUUGUAUUGGACAAGCUUGGGAUUUCUUGGUUGAUACUAUAGGAAAAUUUUCUUUAUUAAAUCUCCUUUUAUGUAUGAUUGGUACCUUACUUGUUGUAUGUAUACCUCUUGUUAUAAUUUUAUUAAGUCAAAGCACCACUAUUAUUAUUAAAAAUGAAGGAAGUACUGGAACAGUAAAUGUUUCUAAAUCACCAAGUUAUGAUGGAUUCUUUUUCCCUCCAAAUAUAAAUACCUGUCCAGAGUAUGGAUUUAAUUGUAAUAAUGAUCCUAAUGAAUUUAUUGGUAUCAUGCAACGUUGUGACGGUAUAAAUCAUUGUUCUGAUGGAAGUGAUGAAGAAAAUUGUCAGGGAUGUCAUUCAGGAUUUUCUUGUCCAUCUAAAGCAAAUAAAAAUAUGUUAAUAUGCUUGAGAGGCAAUAAAUUGUGUGAUGGUAUUGUACACUGUGAUGAUGGAAGUGAUGAAGUAUUGUUUUGCCAAAGAAGCAACUGCACAGAAAAUGAAUUUUAUUGUAAAUCUAGUAAUACUUGUGUUCCAAAAAGUUACCAAUGUGAUGGUGAUCCACAAUGCCCUUAUGGUGAAGAUGAAGUUAAUUGUUCUUCAUGUAACAAUGAUGCCAUAUUUUGUGCUUCCACUAAAAAGUGUAUACCCAAAUGGAAUAUAUGUGAUGGUAUUACACAUUGCCCAGAUAAAAUUGAUGAAUCGAACUGUGAAUGUACUAAUUGUUCUGGAAACAACAAAGUUUUGUGUAAGAAAUCAAACUUUUGUAUUGCUCGCGGUGAAGUCUGUGAUGGUAUUCCCAAUUGCCCAGAUGGUGAAGAUGAGGAAGAGUGUCCUGGAACAUGCGAUCCAACUACUGCCGUUACAGCCAAUACAACUUUGGUCAAAUCUUUCUUAGAGAAAGACUUCUUGAAAUGUAACGAUGGAAAAGAUUAUAUUCGUGCAUACGCUUGCAGUGGAUUGCUACCACAAUGUGAUGGUGUUUGUGAUAAUGCAUGUGACCAUGAAUUAGCAUAUACAUGCAAAAAUGGAGCAUGUAUCUCAAGAUCAAACCAUUGUGAUGGAAUUUCUAAUUGUUCUGAUGGUUCAGAUGAAGAAGAUUGCGACUGUAAUCUUGAAACUCAAUAUCAAUGUCAACCUGAUCCUGUUACCGACAUUAAAAAGUGUAUAAAUAAAAAUUUAAUUUGUGAUGGAGUUCAGGAUUGUCCUCUUGGAGAUGAUGAGAGAAAUUGUACAUCAUGUACCACACCUGAAGCCAUAUAUUGCCCAACAACAAUGACAUGCCAUCCAAGUAUUGCAAGAUGUGAUGGUAUUUCUCAGUGUCCUGAUGAAAGUGACGAAAUGGAAUGUUCAUGUGUUGAGUGUAGCUUACAUCCAUAUAAAAUGUAUACUUGCUCUACAUCUAAUAGAUGCUUUAGAAGAGAGAAUGUAUGUGAUCCACAUUCUCUUUGCCCUAAUGGAAGUUCUAUAGAUGUCAACUAUUGUCUUAAUCGAGUAAUAUCAAAGUCUCUAUUUUUCAACAGAUUUUAA